AUGAAGUUGAGGUCCAUUCUUGGAGCGUUUUGCUCCCUCCCCUUGCUUAUUCACGCUGCACCUGGUUCGAGUCUCAAUAGGGCCCGGCCGUCCACUGAUCGGCUGCUGUUUGCACACUUUAUGAUCGGAAUCACCAGCAACCGCAACUCGGCUGCUGAUUAUGAUGAUGACAUGAAGCGAGCAAAACUGCUGGGCAUUGAUGCUUUCGCUUUGAAUAUCGGUGUCGACCCAUACACGGAUCGACAGCUGGAUCUAGCCUAUCAGUCAGCGGCUAAUAAUGAUAUGAAGGUAUUCAUCUCAUUCGACUUCAACUGGUACCAUACCGGCCAGGGUUACGAAGUCGGCAAGAAGGUCGCCCAGUAUGAGAGCCGCCCAGCACAGCUUAUGGUUGAUGGAAAGAUCUUCGUCUCUUCCUUUGCAGGUGAUGGCCUCGAUAUCAACGCCAUGCGCUCUGCUGCGGGUAAACCGGUGUUCUUCGCACCCAACUUCCACCCCGAUAUGGGCACUGAUAUGAGCGGUGUCGAUGGUCUACUGAAUUGGAUGGCGUGGGAUAAUAAUGGUAACAACAAGGCCCCCAAGCCUGGCCGUCAUGUUACUGUUCAAGAUGGUGAUGAUGCCUAUAUCAGAGCACUGAACGGGAAGGAUUACAUCGCUCCUGUUUCUCCAUGGUUCUUCACCCACUUUGGCCCCGAGGUCCCCUACAGCAAGAACUGGGUUUUCCCUAGUGAUUUGCUCUGGUAUAACCGUUGGCUGCAAGUUCUGGACAUGGCUCCUCGCUUCAUCGAGAUUGUUACCUGGAAUGAUUACGGCGAAUCCCAUUACGUUGGUCCUCUUAGUUCACCUCAUACAGAUGAUGGGGCUUCUAAAUGGGUGAACGACAUGCCCCACGAUGGUUGGAUGGACAUGUCCAAGCCAUUUAUAGCUGCGUACAAGGAUGGUGCUCCCAGCAGCUCUCUGAGUAAAUAUAUUACUGAAGACCUUCUCGUUUACUGGUAUCGGCCCACUCCACGGGAUGUUAACUGCGAUGCCACCGACACGUGUAUGGUUCCAGUCAAUAAUGGCAGUGGUAACUAUUUCUACGGCCGGCCUGAUGGGUGGGAAACUAUGGAGGAUGCUGUGUUUGUGGCUACCACGCUUACCGAGCCCGCAACGGUGACUGUCAACUCUGGUGGUAAUGUUCAGGUGUUUGAUGCGCCCGCGGGGGCCAGCGCAUUCACAGUCCCGAUGGGUGUGGGAUCGCAGGCCUUUUCGCUCAGCCGGAACGGUCAGAUUAUCCAGUCUGGAGUCAGUCUCUUGCCAAUCAUCGACAGGUGUGUUUGCGGGCUAUAUAACUUUAACCCAUAUGUGGGCACUUUCCCGCCUAGUCCAAUCGACUCUCUCCAGAGCGCUGGUCUCAACAGCCUCACGCAGGGGUUACACGUACAGACCUGCGCGCCCACUCCUUCGCUCGGCGUUCACACUCUGACCCCUCCACAAGGCCGGGGAAAAGAAACUCCUACUACCACUAGAUCGACCACACGAACGACAAGUACCAGCAAAAGGACCACCAGAACGCCAACGGGCCCCAAAACCGCUAGGCCACCGCCAAGAACCACUACCCGCCCUACCACAUGGACCAACGCUGUACACACUAGUACAACAAGGACAUCGACCUCGAUCCGCACAAGCACGACCACUCGACCUCCCACAACCACAGCCACGACCACCAGCGGCCCCAGCACCGGCCAAGUCUGUACCGGCGGAGCCGGCCCCGGUAACUACGUCGGGCAGUGCAGCUUCGCAUGUCACUAUGGCUACUGCCCUUUAGGCCCAUGCACUUGCAUGCAGUAUGGAGCACCAGUUCCCACAACGUCGACGACCGGUGCAAGGUGCUUGCCCCAGCACGGCUUGGAUGAUUCGUAA